AUCAAUAGAAAGGAGGAAAGAACCUCUACAACUUCAUCUUUCAUAGCAAAAUUCGAGCUGAGCUCAAACAAGAAAGUUGGGAGGAAAUUAAAGAAGGAAAAAGCUAGGAAAAAGUGUGAAAAUUAAGGAACUUGAUUUAAAGUAUUUUUGAGCUUCGCCGGAGUUUCGCCGGAGUUGGUCAAAGUUCGCCGGAGUUGGUCAAAGUUCGCCGGAGUUGGUCAAAGUUCGCCGGAGUUGGUCAAAGUUCGCCGAAAUUAGUCAAAGUUCAAUCGAGAAGCGUAGAACGUGCUUAAGCUUAAUUAAGUUUCAGGUAGAACUUGAAGGUUGCUACUACCAGCCGCUGCUUCGGGAAGUUUCUGAGAAGAAGACUUUGAAAUGGAACCAGUUGGAAGGAUCACUAGAAGGAACCCGUUGGGCCGUGAACCGGGUGGAUCCGAGCGCGGUAGCCGGGGGUCCUCUAGGGGAUCAAGAGGAAGGGGCCGUGGAGGCCAACGUCAAACCGUGAGCGAUGGCCACGUCGAUACCGAAAGUGAGACCUAUUGGUCCUAUGAGGACUCAACUUACCAGCCGGGGACUGAGCCAGUUGAGACCCCUUACGAAGAGAAUGAUGAUGAUGUGAGUGAUGAGGAGGAAAGUGGCUCUUUGGCCAGGAUCGAAGCGCUGCUCCAACAGUACCAUCGGGAGCGCGAAGAAAGGAGGGCACGCCGAAGGCACCGUGUAGGGCAACCUUCGGGCGGGGCUGCAAGAGGGAGGAUGAUAUUCAUGUAAUUUCUGAUUGUAUGUUUGUAUUUUUAACUAGUUUUUAUUAGUUCUAGUUGAGGAAAUUACACAGUUUUGGUGUAAUACUUUAUUUUCAUAUUUAUUUGUAAUUUGUUUAGAUUAGGACUUUUCUGAGCUAAACAGGUCAAAGAUCAUCCAAGGGAUCAAGAUUGGACCUCAAAAGAUCAAGGAAAGUGCAAGGAGACAAGAAAGAUUUCGAUUUGGAAAAAUACUCGUAUACCCGGUCGGGUAUAGGCAAUACCCGAUCGGGUAUUUGCUUGAUUCGGUUGUCCAAAUCAAAUCCGGGAAGAAAGGAUCGUGGGAGCAAAUUUUCGUAAAGAUUUGUCACAUACCCGAUCGGGUAAACCGAC